CAGGAGAAUUAUUGUGCGCGGCGGCGGCGGUUUGAAGCGGUUGUGAGCCGAGAAAAGGCCGGUUUCCUGCGGCGCCGCUUGUAGGUACGUUGGCGACGGGCGCGAACGCCGGGCGAGCGGCGACGAACCGGAUCCGCGGUUUCGCGGGGGCCGCGCGCUUCUCUGAGAACGCCUCGGAGCGCUGCGCGAGCAGGGGGCGGUUGCGGCAGGGCUGACUGAAAGGCGUCCGCGGAGGCGGUGGAGCACGGAGCUGGCAGGGAAGACGCCCGCGAAGGGCGAAAGGACGCGCCUGACACCCGUUUACCGAGCGGGCCGCGGGGUUAAGUGGGAGUGGUGGAUGGCUCCGCGUGGAGCGGUCCCGCGUGGGAGCCUGGGCCGCGGAGGGACACCUACCCGGGGCUUUCUCCCUGCCAAGAUAUGAAAGAUGGCAAGUCCAGAUAGAAGUGAACGGAAGAUAUUAAAAGCCAAAAAAACAAUGCCUGCAAGUUGCCGGAAGCAAAUAGAGGUCCUGAAUAAGUCAAAGAAUGUUGAAGCAUUGAAAAUGGCAGCAAAUGGAAAUAAUAUUUCAAGUGGUAAUAAGAAUCCCAGUACUGGUGUCAUAACUAACAAAUGUAGACGUUUUGAAAAUGAUGCUUCCUCAUUGGACUCUAACAAAAAUUCAAUGUGUUCACAGAAAAAUGAAGUAUUAUCUCAGAAUUUAGUAAAACCACUAGAUUUGGAAACAAGAUGGGAAUACAUUGAAAGACAAAUUGUAUGCCCUUACCAAAAGCCAAGUAAAACAAUAGAAUCUCCCAGGAACCUGCCUACACAAGAGGCAAAAGAUUCACAGAACACUUCGGAAAACCAUUCUGAAUGUCAGGCAAACGUAACAAGACCGUUUUUUGAACAACACAAAGAGGAUUGUAAUCUGAAAUCCAUUAGUGAUCCACCUAGUGUAUUGAGUGGUAUAGUUCAAAUGCCAAAGUCUACAGAAAUCAAUACCUUGGACGAUAAGAGAAUUGACAAGACAGUUUCCCACUUAGAAACAAACUCCAAUUCUGCAUCACAUGAUAAAAGGCAAAAUGACGUUUUGAUUUUAAGUUCAAGCAACUGUUUUGUGCUUGUUGAUAAAAGACCUACGUUGGUGAAUUCAGUCAUUACUAGUAACUGUGAUGCUGACAUUUUAAAAAGUGAAGACUCUUAUAGAACCUGUCAUUCCAGCAUUUCAAAUUGUGAAAAUACAGAUUCAAUGUGGCUGUCAUCACUUGACACAGAUAGUAAUAACAGCCAUAGUCAAAAGAAGAGGAUGUUUUCAGAAAACAAAGAAAAUGUUAAACGCCUGAAAACUUCAGAGAAAAUUAAUGAAAAUAUUUGUGUAGCUCUGGAAAAGCAAACAGCAUUGCUGGAACAGGUCAAACAUUUGAUUCGACAGGAGAUGUGUAGUAUAAAUUACAAACUAUUUGAUAACAAACUGAAAGAAUUGACCGAACGCAUUGGGAAGACACAGUGCAGGAAUAAACAUGAAGCAAUAGCUGGUGAACUCUUCGAAAAAGUAGCAAGACUUAAAAGACGUAUCGAAAAAGCAUUGUUACCUGAAAAGAACUCUUUGGAACCAAAUGAGUCAUCCAGUAAUACAGCCAAUCAGGGUGCAAAUUCAGAGAUCCUGAAUUUGGACAGUAGUCCAGAAGAAAGAAAGACUUCUGUGAACUCUGAACCUUCCAACCCAUCAGGAAAAGCAAUUGAAAAGAUUGAUUUGUCACAGGAUCAUGAUGAGGCUGUUUCUGAAAGCCCCUGCCAAGCCAACAUCCUGACUGCAACCUAUAAGCGAUCCUGUACCAAAAUUCCCAACGAUACUGCUCCCUACUUUACCCACAGAAACUGUGAGAAACUUGUCAAAUAUUUAUAUUUUAAUCAUUUUCUUUCAGAUACUGGAAAAACUACAUCAGGAAAUUCUAACAAUUCACCUGAUGCCGAAACUGAAAUUAUGACUAUAAAGAGAAAGAAGCUUGAUUCUGUGAUUGAUCUGACAAAAGAAGGCUUAUCGAACUGCAACACAGAAAGUCCAGUAUCCACUCUGGAGUCUCCUAUGAAAACUAUUUCAAUCUCAAAAGAGACAAUCCCAGUGGCACAAACCGCAAUCCAGGUUCCUGAGUCCUUUGAGCACCUGCCACCUCUCCCGGAACCACCAACACCCAACCCCGAGAUGGUGGACAAAAUCCGGGACACCCUCCCUCCCCAGAAGGCUGAGCUCAAAGUGAAGCGGGUUCUGAGACCCAGGGGCAUCGCCCUGACCUGGAACAUAACCAAAAUCAACCCCAAGUGCGCACCUGUGGAAAGCUAUCACCUCUUCCUGUGCCACGAGAACACUAGUAACAAGCCAGCUUGGAAGAAAAUUGGAGAAAUUAAAGCUUUACCACUACCAAUGGCCUGCACUUUAUCUCAGUUUUUAAAUUCCAGCAAAUACUAUUUUACUGUCCAAUCGAAAGACAUUUUUGGGCGCUACGGACCAUUUUGCGAUAUAAAAUCUAUCUCCGGGUUUUCUGACACCCUUACCUAAAAGAAAGUCUUCAUUAACUGUAUGUUGUACUACAUUUUGCUUUGUUUUUCAUAUUUAAGUUGUCUGGUUUACAAUGUUCCUCUAACACUAUUUGCCAUUGUAAAGAUCAGUAAGGUUAUGAACCCUUUGUGCAGGGACAGCCCUCUUCCCUGAGUUGUGGUGGCCUCUAGUUUCAUGGAUUUCUGAUUUGCAUUCGAUACGUGCUUCCAAUGGAUAUGUUCCAGAGCAAACACUAUCAUGGACCCUUGUCUCUGAGAUGUGCUGGGUAUAAUCUCUUUAGUGACGAUGACGUUGCUGCUGCUCUCAGAAGCCCUAGGAUAAAAGCAGCCACCGUUUCCUCUUGACAAUCAGGUGUGCUUUCGGUGGCCUGCUUAUGGUCAGCGUAGGAAGAAACUGCUUCUGGGGCCAGGUUAUCCCUGGCGUGCAUCUCCACCAAGGUUUGAUGAAAGUACAUGUCUUCCCAGUCUGUUCAGAUUCUAAGGGCUGUUAGUUUAUGCCCCCACCUCCUGUUUGUUUGUUUUUUUGUCAUUUUUGUUAAUCAUUUGGGGAACUAGUCUGGAGGUUUCCCCUCAAUCUGUUUGUGUACAUAUAUAAUAAAAUUAGUCAAGCAUUGUGUGCUGUGUACACAAAACAUACACUAUCUUUUAUAAAAGCAUCCAACCCCCUAUUUCAGUUCAGGAAAAUGGAAUUGUUUGCCUUAGAUUAAAGGCUUUAAUUUGCUGAUUCUCUAACGUGGCCCUUUGCUCACUUCCUGGCCAGCGUCAUUACUUGAAGAAAGAAUGUAA